CGUGGUUCAUCCAAGCUCAAGUCAAAGUUCAAGAGGCUAUUCAAGCUACUUCUUAGCACAGAUUUUUUGACGAAUCGAGCUGGUUUCGUAUCGUCAAACAUGUCAGGUCCCUCUUACCAAUUCAAUACUCCUCGUCCACGUCCUCCACCACCUCUGCGCUUUCAGAAAUCUCAAAAUUCUUCAUUGACAAAUGCGCACUCAAAUUCGCAAACACUCCUUUAUGAUCUUCCUCAUUCGAAUUCUGCAGUUUCGCCUCCUGGAAGUCCAGCUGCGAAACCUGGUGUAAUACCGCCAUCCUCUCCUUCAUUUGGCGGCAGACCCAGAGGGCGCAGAAAUGGUCGCCCUGGGCCAACGCCGCCCCCUACUUCUCGAAAUCGAUCGAUCACUCCUCUUGGAGUCUCUCGCAGCGAGCUCGAGAAAUUUGCCGAACUUUGUCGUGCAUGGUACUUCAACCAAGAUGAAGCGUCUGGGCGACUGGUUACCCAAACACUAGCAAAUUUGCCUCCUGCUCAACGAGCACCAUUUUCACGCCUCCAGGCAUCCAUUCGCUCUGCUUACCAUGCGAGCGUCAAUGCUCGUCGACACGCGGAAUUUCAGGCACACAUUAACGCAACUCAGCCUGGUGGUUCGUUGAUGCCGCAUUCUAGAGCGAAUCCAGGCGGUCCAGUAGCUGCGAAAGAACGCUUCGACCGAUUAGAUAAAUUUGUUAAGACCUGGUGCACCAUGGGCAUGCCUGGAACCAAACCGUUCUUUCAGGCUUUGUGGGCAAUUUUGCGGCUCCAAGUUGUCCCAGAGCCCCUUGGCGGUGCGGGGGCGAACCGAAUACGCUGGGAAUUCGAUGACGCUGUUUUCAAAGAGUCUGCUGGGAAAGACUUCAUGCUUGAUGCUAUCGAUGUUCUCAAAGGAGUGUUGGCUUUUGAAGAAGUUUCAUCCUCAAAGCGCGACAGCAAUUGCGGGUCUCACCAGCCACAGCCUGCGCACUUGCGCUCCCGCUCACAACCUUUGUCCGCUCACCGCGAGACGACUGGUUCGUAUGCUUCACCAAUCGCCAUGACUACCCAGGUAAAACGCGCGAGAGCUACAAGCGACCCAUUUUUAGAUAUGCCCGCCCUCUCACAUUCCCUCCCAUCUGCGUCUUCUCAAUCCUCCGGCGCUACCAUCCCUUCUUCUGACACUCCCGAAGAUUGUCCCAGUUCCCUUACCCCACACGAUCAACUUGGAGAAGACGAAUUAUUACCCCCGCUUCGAUCAGAAUUCGUCGCAGAAGAUCCAGAGGAUUACUUGCGCAUCUGGACGUCUCUGGAUCUUCCAAAUCCCGAGUUGUUAUCACUACUAACUGUAUUUCCUUCAUUCAUCACCCGCUGCGCUCUGCCGCGUUUCACCGUACCUUUGAAUGCUCGUACCGCCGACAUCGAGGAGGGCGAGGAAGAGAGAGGAGAAGGCAAAGAAAUUCACUUCGGCACCGGGUCGAUGUGGAUCAGUCCCAAGCCACGCAGCGAUGGGUGGCGUGGAGACUGGUGGACGAGAUUCGUCCUUUGGUGGCGAAGAUUGUUCUGCUAAAUAUUGUGUUCUACACCACCACACAUUGGACAUAUGUAACACUCCUUGUUUAUCAUUUUUGCAUAUACCAGCGUACACUUACCAUUCACAGACACUAUUUGGAAUGGAUACAGACUGUCAGAUAAGUAUAUCAUUAUCCAAUGAAUUGCUAUGCAUAUGUUUCCGAUAUACAAUCAUAGCAUUUUAGACCUCCCACUGACGUGUCAACGAGUAGUUCAACCUGAUACCGA